CUAUUCUUAGAAGUAAGUAAAAGUAUUUGCUACAAUAACAUGAUGUUCAACAAAACUUGCAUUUCAUUUGACAGUUUCAAAAAUGACGCACCACAGCAUGAUCUUUAUGACUUUAUUUACACUAAUCUCUUGUAGUAAUGCUACUGUGAAUUUGAGAAUUGGCUUGUACAAUUACAUACCAGACCUUGCCGACGACCAAUUGCAGUCCUAUGCAAAUUAUAUAAAGGCAAAGUGGGAUGAGCUAGGAACUGGUACAACAAUUCAACUGGUUGUUGAUAGUAGUGUAUACGAUCCUUAUGGCGAUUUUAACACCUAUCUUGGCACUGGCGUCGGAAGUUUUGACAUAAUUGAGACCGACAUGGUGAGAUCAAGUGAAUUAAUUGGAAGGGUGGUGGAAAUACAAGCCGGUGCAGCUUCUGAUCAGAUCAAUGUUACUAGAUUUGUCCAAGCUAAUGUUGAUGCAGUGGAAUAUAACAACGCUUAUUUGGGUUUUCCAACACUUUCAUGUGGCAAUUUCAUUAUCGAAACUGUUCUCUCUGGACAAACAGGAGUUUCUCUAGAUGGAAGAGAUUACAAAAAAUUCAUUCAAAGUGCUGAUCAGGCUCAACGUAAAAUGGUUCACAAUGGACAUUGUGGAUCAACCAGACCUAAGAAUAAGCGUGCAAGAUUGCUAGGUGGAAAAAUAGACAGUUCAUCAGGCUGGUAUCUUCCCUUUAUGUAUCUAAGCAGCGUUGCAGACAUACUUGGACCAGCCAGUGUUGAGGCAGAGAUCAACAACGUUUUAGCUGGUCGGCCAAACAAUGAAACCAUACAAAAGCUUCGAAAAUUCUUUGGAUACUUCAAAGAUAAUUGCAAUGCAAUCGACUCAACUGAUAUCGAAGAUGACGUAGUGAGCGGCAAAACUGGUUAUUUUUAUGGGUUUUUUGAAACGCAAAGUAUCAUUUAUAAAAAGGCAAAUUAUCAAAACGUAACAGUCUUGGGUGUUGUGGCGCCGCCAUUUGGCAAAAAAAGUCAUCUUUUGGUGUAUACAGAUGCUCUGGUGUUGAACAAAGCAAAGUUCACACAAGCGAAUGACAAGUACAAGGCUGCGGUGAUGAAAUUUGCAAAGUUUUUCUCUAGCAAUCAGAUGCGAAAACAAUUGGUGUUGGGAAAGGAUCUCCAGCCAGUGAGAAACCGAUACUUGCUACCACCAGUAAAAGAAUUUUUUGAAACCAACAAGAAUACACUGUAUCAACAAUAUUUUAAGAUUAUGCGAAAUGGCUUUCCUUCACCUUCCCUUUCCGAAGCAACUAGACGAAGAAUGCAAGCUGUUUUAAAGCCAUUGGUGAAUAUUUAGAAUAUUACUCUGUUCUGUUGUUACCGUUAAUUCUAAGAAAAUGAAAAUUACAACAGUAAA